AUGGCUGAUACGCGAGAUUUUGCCUCCGAGGCAGCCGCUGAAAACGAGGCUGCCUCUGGCGAGACAUCCCCGACCAUGAACCGCCAGACAUCCAGUCCCUCCGUACUUCCUCCUCGCGACGCAGGAGGCCUCUCGGCCUCCUCCACACAUCUGGGGCAGAUCAAUGCUGCACGGCGGGGCGCCGGAGCCUCACCACACCCCCAACCAGCGAUGAGCUCCAAAGCGACCGGGGGGUUAAAUCAGGACAUUAUGGCCAAGAUGAAGGCUUUCUCACUUUCCCGACAAGGCGCACCGCUGCCGCAUACUGCGUCGACCGGGCAGAUCCCCACAUCCCAAGUGGCUGGGGCGGGCGGCGCACUCGCUGGCCGACUACCUCCGACCGCGCGUCCCAAUCCCCAGCCUUGGACGUCUUCCCCCACUGUUCCGGCGGCUUCUCCGGGUCCAGCCUCUCCGAGGCCGCCCGGUGGACUAGCGGCGAAGCGCAUGAAGCCGGGCCUCAAGCUCUCGGAUGUCACGGGCCCGCCGACCCCGGCCGCGGGGACAGAUCAAAAGCCAGAAGAGAAAACUGGGGAGUCUGCUUUCAGCAAGUACUCUGAAUUUAUCAACACGCAAGAAGGCACGUUGAAUUUCAAAAACAAGGCGAUUCUACACGGUGGUGGUGUUGAGUUUUCGUCGGGCCACAGCUUCAAGAUCUCCUUGGACGAAGUUGAUCGCCUCGACGAGCUAGGCAAAGGAAAUUAUGGAACCGUUUACAAAGUUCGACACAGCCGCCCGCAUCUCCGCAAGCCAGGACAGGGCUUGGGUGGCAUCGUGAGCCGAACCGCUGAAGAUGGUAGCCCAGAGACUGGGCCCAACCAGCUAUCUGGCGUGGUCAUGGCCAUGAAGGAAAUCCGCUUGGAGCUUGAUGAGGCCAAAUUUGCACAAAUUAUCAUGGAGUUGGACAUUCUACACCGCUGUCUCUCCCCCUUCAUCAUCGAUUUUUACGGCGCAUUCUUCCAAGAGGGUGCGGUAUACAUGUGCGUUGAGUUUAUGGAUGGUGGCUCAAUCGAUAAACUGUACGAGGGCGGUGUUUCUGAGAACAUCCUGCGAAAAGUUACCCUCUCCACUAUCAUGGGAUUGAAGUCAUUGAAGGACGACCACAACAUCAUCCAUCGCGACGUGAAGCCCACGAACAUUCUGGUCAACAGCAAGGGCCAGAUCAAGAUCUGUGACUUCGGUGUCAGUGGAAACCUCGUUUCGAGUAUCGCAAAGACGAACAUCGGCUGCCAGAGUUAUAUGGCACCCGAGAGAAUCGCCGGAGGUGGCAUGCAGCAGUCUGGCGCACCUAGUGCUGGUACAUACAGUGUACAAAGUGACAUUUGGAGUCUGGGAUUGUCUGUUAUUGAAUGCGCCAUGGGCCGAUACCCAUAUCCCCCAGAAACCUUUAACAACAUCUUCAGUCAGCUUCACGCCAUCGUUCAUGGAGACCCUCCCACACUGCCUGCCGAAGGCUACUCCGAGGAAGCCCACGCAUUCGUCCGAGCCUGUCUCGACAAGAACCCGAAAAGUCGACCUUCAUACGACAUGCUUCUUCGACACGCUUGGCUCGCACCCCUCAUGCAGCCCCCGACCGAGUCAGCUGAAGACGCCCCACCGGAAGAUUCCGACUCCGGUGAUGCCGCCUCAUCCACGAUAACAGAGGAUAAAGAAGUCGCCGAGUGGGUGCAAAGACAAAUCAAGCUUAGAGAGGAGGGUACACUCAACAUUUCUAAGAAGCCAGCACUGCAUGCUGUCGCGCUGGACCAGGUUGGCACAAGCCCAUCCGAGGGCGAUGCUGAAGCUCCCUCUCAAGAUGACUGA